ACGCGUCUAAGUGUGAUGACAUCAGAGCGCGCCUCUGUGGCUACAGCUUUCGCCAUGAACAGCGUCGGAGAGGCUUGCACUGAUAUGAAGCGCGAGUACGACCAGUGCUUCAAUCGCUGGUUUGCCGAGAAGUUUCUCAAGGGGGACGGUUCCGGGGAUCCGUGCACCGAUCUCUUCAAGCGCUACCAGCAGUGUGUUCAGAAAGCAAUAAAGGAGAAAGAGAUUCCUAUUGAAGGACUGGAGUUCAUGGGCCAUGGCAAAGAAAAGCCUGAAAACUCUUCUUGACCUUGAAAAUGGAUUCAUCAGGAAAUUAAGGACUCUGGAUUUUAUCAACUAAAGCCCUGAAUAUAGCCAUGGGAUUGAUGAGUUUAAGAGGAAGGAUUUUUAUUUCUUCCUCCUCGAUGUUUUCCUCUCACUUGUAAAUGAUGAACAAUCACUCUGCUUUGAGAUGAUUUCUCACUUGUUCUGGCAUCUUGGAGGAACUCAAUGUGCUAAAAUUGAACCAUUUCUUGAGAUUAUUAUUGCAAUACGUGGUCUGGAAUUAGCUUUAAAUAUAUCUUGUGUGUAAAUAAUGAUAAAUUAAUCAAGAUGAUCAGGGUUGCCUGAUGUCUUGACUUUGCUGCAAAAGUACUGGGGUCAUUGUUCAUGAAAGCAUUUGGUUAGGACCUCUUUUUCUCUCUCAGGGAGUAAAUACUCUAUAAAAAGGGAUCCAGGCACAACAGCUGCAAUCAAUACUUGGGAGCACAGUUUUAUUUUUAUAUAAUGACUAACAGUUAAGUUUGCAGGUGACCUGGCCUAGCAAAGACGAAGACAGCUGUUAACACUUCCCGCCUCCAGGUAUCUAAGACAUGAAAGCUUCAAGAAUAUUGACCUAGGGCUGGGGAUUUUGCUCAGUGGUGCUGCCUCCUGCCUCGAAAGCGAAAGGUCCUGAGUUCAAUCUCUGGUACCAAAAAAGAAUGUUGACGUAAACACCAUUUCAGAGCUCACAGUGUAUAGUUAAGGAAUCAUGGUAUUUGCAGUGCCUAUGGAAGAACCACCUAUUACAGAGAUUUGGUGUUGCCAGCUUUCAACCCAAGUUAAUGAAUUAAGUGAACCUGCCUAUCAUAAAACGAAAAUGCUGCAUCUGGUUAAGUGGAGGGGAAAGGUGCUUGCUUUAUUUGCCUUGUUUGCCCAUCUUAUAAUGUCUGUAAUCAUGAAGAUGGAAUAAACUCUAACAUUUAGUUUUCAAUCA